GCAACGGAUUAACCUUGACAAAUCGAUUGAAACAAUUAUUCAAAUAAAUAGAGUUUUCCGUAAUAAUUUAAUUUACUCUGUAAAUACAAGUCAUGGAGAAACAAAACAAAGUUAAAUCAAGAAGAAAGUGUGUGAAUCCAGUGUUUCAUUUACAAACAAAAGAUGAAAAUGAUCAACACAUGACCAAAGAUGUAAUAAAAAAAGUUCGAACUACUGGCCAGUUGAAUUUGUCCUCAAGGCAUCUUUCUGAAGUGCCAGAAAAAUUAUUUUCAAUAUAUGAACUAACAAAUGAGAAUGAAAUAAAUAUAGAUUUAAGCAGACCAGUUAAAGAAGAGGAAGCUUGGUGGAAUAUUAAAACCCUAACGCAUCUAGAUCUUAGCUCUAAUGUUUUAACAAAUUUGCCAAAGCAGAUCGGCAUGUUCCAGGAUUUAGUGGUGUUAAAUUUACAUGAUAAUCUAUUAACAUCCCUGCCGGAGGAAAUCAGUAGCUUGACAAAAUUAACAAAGUUAUCCCUAAACCAUAACAAGAUUACUAAUUUACCUCAAGGUUUCUUUAACUUGACAGAACUUAAACAACUUUUUAUUAGUCAUAACUGUUUAGAUUCUGUCUCCAAAGAUAUUUCGGAUCUGGUUAUGUUGGAAAAGCUGGAUUUGUCAAACAAUGUGAUAUUAAACUUACCUUCAGGAAUAGGUUUUUUGGUAAGACUUACAGAAUUAAAUGUUUCGAAUAACAAGCUUGCCAAACUACCACCGGAUAUUGUUAAUUUAAGAGCAUUAUUAAAGAUGGAUAUUAGUCACAACAGUAUUACACAACUGCCAGAUAUGGGAGAACUGAGAAAAUUACAAAUCUUAUAUGCUCAACACAAUGAUAUUCGAGAAAUUCCAGGAUUUUUCGGAUGUGAACAAGUACAUGAAAUUUAUUUUGGCAAUAACUUUAUAGAAGAAAUACCCCUUGAAUUUUGUGAAAAUAUGAAUCAUCUGAAAAUACUAGAAUUAAGAGAUAAUCAGAUUAAAGCUGUGCCUUCAGAAAUUACAAAGUUAGCUCAUUUAACUAAAUUUGACCUGACCAAUAAUGACAUUGAGGAGUUACCAAAUGCAAUGGGGCUCAUGCCACAUCUUCAGUCGUUCAAGAUUGAAGGCAACAAAUUAAAACAAAUAAGGCCGGAUAUCAUCCAUACCGGUACUAACAGAAUUCUUCGACAUUUGAGAGAGAAAAUCAGCGACGAGGAGUUACAGAUAUUAUCCGUUCCAUCAGAUGUAUCGUACGAUUGUAAAAUAUAUCCUGACCGGUAUACUAUGAGAAAUGGAAACAUUUUAAAUUUGGCAUUGAAGAAUAUUUCUGAUGUUCCUGAAGAAUGUUUUAUGGAAGCGAAAGAAGCCAAUGUCAGUAACGUCGAUUUGUGUAAAAACAAAUUUGUAGACAUUCCACACGGGUUAAAACUACUAUCAAACACUUUAACAGAACUCAACAUGUCCUGUAAUCGGAUAAGCAACGUACCUGAAUUCCUUAUGGAUCUUACCAAAUUGAAAUUCUGCGAUUUGAGCAAAAAUCAAUUGGAGGAUUUGCCAGAUUCUUUGUCUAGUCUUGUAUAUAUAAGAGAAUUAAUUUUAAGUAACAAUAGGUUUAAGAAAAUACCAAAUUGUAUUUUUCAAAUGGUGGGUAUUGAAAUACUUCUUAUGAAUGAUAACAAUAUUGAGGAAAUUCCGAUUGAUAACUUAAAAAUGUUAACGAGGAUUGCCACUCUGGACCUAAGUAACAACAGUAUUAAUUACGUUCCUCCUGAGCUGGGAAAUAUUAAACAAUUAAGAUGGAUAUCUUCAGCAUUAAUUAUCAUCUAAUACAGUGGUUCUCAACCUGGGGGCGUGAGAGAAUUUCAGGGGAGGCGUGAGGGUACAAAGAAAAAAAAUAAAAAUUAAAAAAUACAUAUUUUGUUAUAUGUGUAAAAAAUAUAUAUUUUGUUAAAAAACAAAAUAUUUUGUAUUUCGUAUUUUUAUUUUGUUUAGAAAUAUUUCUUUAUUUAAACGUGAUUAAAAUCGUUUUACUCAAACACACAACCUAGUUAAACACGACAGUCUUGUGUAUGGCAACAUCGUAGGAGCGCAAAGUAUAUUUACCAACACUGUAUUGCAAGCACUCCUGGCUCCAGUUCAGUGACUCCGUCUCACGCGUCAGUCUCAAUCGACAGCGUCUGUGUGCUGUUUGUAGCAAUCAGUGUAAUCGUUAUUUAAUAACAGAGUGAUUGUUUGUGAAAUAUUUAAUAGUGUUGUGUAACAGCUUUGAAAAUGGCUAAGUCACUUCCAAAGAAAAGAUUGUAUUCAGACGAUUAUAUCAAGUACAGUGGCGACGCGUGACUUUUUCUGAAGUGUUACCAAAACCAGAUGCAAAACAUCUUAUUUAAAAAAAUGAAGAUAUGGCUAAAUGUAUAUAUACACUCACCGGCACAAAAUUCCGCCACCCAAAAUUUUUGAUUAAGUUUGACAAUCUAUAACUGUAUUAUUUGUACUUCGAUUCUCAAGAUUCUUGCACGAGUUUGUAGGUACAUGUAUUGAUGUCAAUUGCUAUUAUUCCGGUAACAAAAAUUUUUUGCUUAGAUGGCAUUAUACGGGAGUGAAUGUAAGCGUUGUUUUUUCUCCUAACUUUAAAAAAUUCUGUGGAAAAAUUGGAGGGCUGAUUUUGUUUCAUACCCUUUUUGUAUUAUCCUGGAGGUAUCACUAAGGUCUUGUUUUUUGAAUUAUCUGAAUAUCUCUUUUCUUGUAAGAGCUGUAAUUAAAAACACUGCUUUGAAGGUUUAUUUAAUUAAAAAUAUCAAACGCACUAAAAUUAACAAAACAAAACAAAUUUAACAAGAAAACAAAACAAUUCAAUAGCGGUUAUGUCCACCUCUUGCAGCAACGACUGCUUGCAAUCUGUUUAGCAUCUAAUAAAGAUGUGUUUUCCUUGCUUGGGGAAUAGCCCGAUAUUCCUCUACAAGGGCCAUAAAUGUACCAACUUUUCUGGAGGCCUAGGAUGACGGCAGAUAGCUUUUUUUAUUCAUUCCAUAAAUGCUCAAUAUGAUUGAGAUCUGGGCUGCAUGCGGGCCAUUCUAAUCUUAUCAAUCCAACCUCAAUUGUAUGAGUCAAUCAGUGUUUUUAUUUACAAAAAAUGGUACAGCUCUUACAAGAAAAAAGAUAUUCGGAUAAUUCAAAAAACAAAAUGUUGGUGAUGUCUCCGGGAAAAUAUGACAGGACUAUGAAACAAAAUCAGCUAUUCCAUUUUUCCACAGAAUUUUUUAAAAUUAGGAGAAAAUACAACGCUUCCUUUCACCCCUGUACAAUGACAUGCAAGCAAAAAUUUUUGUUACCGGUAUAAUACCAAACAAUAUGAAUACAUGUACCUACAAACUGGUGCAAGAAUCUUGAAAAUCGGAGCACAAAUAAUAAAGUUAUAAAUUGUCAAACUUAAUAAAAAAUUUUGGGUGGCGGAAUUUUGUGCCGGUGAGUGUAGCUUCAAUAAUAUCAUUUUGUAUAUGACUUGAAACUCUCGAAAAAAACAGAUGUUGACAAAAUUUUUGAUCUUUUUUGGCAAUUAAUGUUAGCAAUUCCCCGUAAUUGCAUCGAUUGUCAGAGUCGUCGCACUCAAAAUGAUCACGAAACGCUAGUUCUUGUUUGGCCCAAAAACAUACAGUAUCUCUUAUAAGUGUGCUAAGGAUAUACCAUAUACCUAUCUGUUUUUGAACAAAUUCAUUAUGUUUAGCAAUAUUUGCUUUAAAAGCUUGGUUAAGAGAACUUCUGAUUUUUGUUUUGCCAAACUGAAUCAAAUUGGGUAUACAUCUUACAUGUAGGUAACGGAGAAAUUUCAUGUCUCCUUUUUAAAAAUCUAACACCAUUUAAAUCGUGAACCUGGUCCACCCAUUUUUCUGUAGAAACCAGAAGACAUGCCCAACAAUACAGUAUAUUUUUCUUGCAACGAUAAUAUAACCAAGGAUUUUCACUGUACCAACUAAAUUUAAAAUAUCGAACUACUUUUGUUGAUUCCUUUUUUAAAUUGUUUAAAAUAGGUCUUGCAUUUUUAAGAAUCUCAUUUUUAUCUUCAAAAUUAUACAAGGAGAAUUACUUUUCGAGUAGUUGAUCGAUUAAGAAGCGACACUCAUCUAUGGUUAACUGCACGCACACUUUUUAUAGGUACUGUCACCAAUUUUAAAUUUGGUAACAGCCCUACUGAUACACAGCGCGCUUAUGCCGUCGCUUCUUCAAAAUUUUCAGUCACUACCCGGUCCCGAGCGCCAGCGUGCGUAUAUAACCAUUGUCACCAGAAAUGAGUCUGGUAACAGAGUAUAAUAAAGUGCAACGGAGUCACAUAAACUCGCCAAUAUUUUCGUGUCUACGAGUAGUUGGCUAUUUAGUGAGAUAUUUACUGAGUAAGGUACUAUUACCACAUAAUAUAAUAAUAUAUUUCUAUUGGUAAAAAUAUUGGUAAAUAGAAUUAUUCAUCGUCAUAAAAUAUUUAUUUGCAAGAUUUUUAACUGUUACCAAUGGUAACAGUGGUUACAUGGACGCUUCGCCAGUGAUCAAGUAUGGUUUUACCUUUAUGGAGAAAAACGGCAGUCAUUUACCUCAAUGUGUCAACUGCCAUGCUGUUCUUAGUAAUGAUGCAAUGCGCCCCGGACGUUUGGAACGGCAUCUAAUUACAAACCAUUCUUCUUUGAAAGAUAAAGGCCCACAAUUUUUUAUUGCCAAAAAAGCAGCCUAAAACGUAUGAAACUUGACUCUACUGCAAAUUUUCGUGUUGAAAAUGAGAAAGCUGUGGAAGCAUCAUACAAAAUAGCACUUUUGAUAGUUAAAGACAAGAAACCACAUACUAUUGGUGAGUCACUAAUUAAACCUUGUUUACUUACGGCUUGUAGUACCGUACUUAGUGAAGACAGUUGUAAGAAAGCAGAAAAAAUUUCUCUCUCAAACGACAUAGUAAAACGUAGAAUUGAUGACAUGGCUCUGGAUGUGAAAAAUCAACUAUUGCAAAAAUUAAAAGGUUCGCCGUUUUUUUCUUUGCAGUGUGACGAAACAACUGAUAUUUCAAAGCAUGCACAGUUAUUGUUUUAAUGUCGAUUGAUUAACAGAAAACGGGUGCCUGGAGGAAAUAUUGUUUUCAACAUCUCUUGAAACAACAACUAAAGCCAUUGACAUAUUUUCUGCUCUUGAAGAUUUUUUAGUAAUCAAUGAACUUCCAUGGGAGAAAGUAAUUGGUAUAUGUACUGAUAGGGCCCAAGCCAUGACAGGAUGUCGAUCUGGAUUUAUGGAAUUGGCAAAAAAGAAGAACCCUAGGCUAAUUGGUUCUCACUGCAUUAUUCACAGACAAGCUUUAGCUAGUCAGACUUUACCUGAACCUCUCAACGUCACAUUAAACUUAGCAAUUAAAAUAGUUAACCACAUCAAAACCAGCGCAUUAAACACUAUUCUCUUUCAGGCACUAUGUCAAGAACUGAAUAGUGAUCAGGAAACCCUCCUGUUUGACACAGAAGUCCGGUGGUUAUCCAAAGGAAAUAUGCUUGCAAGAUUCUUCAAUUUAAAGUCAGAAGUUGAAAUUUUGUUAAUGACUUCAAAACAAGAAGAUCUUCACAGAAGAUUUACAGAUGAUAAAAAUAUCUUUUACUUGGCUUAUUUGUCUGACUUUUUUGAGACACUUAUUGUCCUGAAUCUGCAGCUUCAAGGCCGUAAAAACCUCAAACACUUAUGAUGCAAUUAAGGGGUUUAUUGAAAAAAUAUCGCUUUGGCAACGCCGCCUUCACAGUUCCAAGCCAAACUUUUCCUCUUUUCCUAAACUGAACGACCUCCUCGAUGAUAUUCAAACCCUUCCACUACAUCUAGUUUCGGAUUUGAAAGACGUCAUAUCACGGCAUUUGGAAGAACUGAAAAAUCAAAUUCGAAAGUACUUUCCAGAUGUUAGCUCGGAAAACUGGGAAUUUAAGUUGACAAGAGAUCCUUUUCAUAUCGAAGUUGACAUUCUUCCAGUUAACCUUCAAGAGCAGGCAAUUGACCUAAAAUGUGACUCACAAGCAAAAGCAGAUUUUGCAAAUAUGGACUUGUAAGAAUUUUGGUUAACCUACUUUCCUGUUUACCCAGAAGUGGCUUUAGUAUAUGUGAAGUUAUUAGCCCAGUUUUCAUCCACAUAUCUUUGCGAGUCUGGUUUUUCUGCAUUGGCGUAUAUAAAAUCAAAAUACCGUUCAAGGCUGGACGUUGAAAGUGACUUGAGGUGUGCUCUGACACAGUUUCAACCCAAUAUCGAAAAACUUGUCAAGAACAGACAAUGCCAACCCUCUCAUUGAAAGUGCAAAAACACUCAUAUAAGACUUUCAACUUUAUAUUCGUAUUUGAUUUUUUGAUUAUUCUUUUUCUCAAAUAAAUAAACAAUAUUAAGUUUAAUGAGACAUCAAAUAAACUUUCGUAUUUAAAUAUAUCUGGAUUUUUAUUUUGCAUCCCAGCUUUUGCUAACGUAGAGUUAGCAUCGUCAGUUUCACAAUUUCACUGUUCUAACUUGAACCAACCAAUUAUUGACUGGAGGAGAGGCGUGAGCUAUCUUCAGUGUUCAAAAGGGGCGCCAUUGCUAAAAGGUUGAGAACCGCUGAUCUAACAAUUAACGAAUAUUUUCUUAUCUUAAUUUUUUUCGAAUCUGACUUAAAAUUAUAAUUUCCCAAGAUAGUUUAUUUCUUAAACUAAUAUCACAUUUUUAUAAUUAAUUGUGAAGACGAGAGAAAAUUGUGCACACAAAUUUUGUCGUCAUAUGAGGACGUUACUGCUACAUAUGGACGUCACCAGAUAUAUGAAAAAUUGGAUAUUUGGCAACAAUAAACCAUUGUGCAAGAGAAAUUGUUGAAAUAUAAAAUAUGUUCAGAAAUGGUUUUGGUAUUUAUGGAAUGGUAUUCAGUAUAGCAGAAUAGUAUUCAGAAGGUGUUCAGUACAGCAUAUCAAACUGAUGGAAAUACUCAAGAAAAUCGGUCCAAAUGAAAGAGAUACUCGAAUAAUGGCUAACUUGUCUUGGAACAGGCCACUUCAGCUCAAAUUGAUAGAACUACAUCAGAGAAGAUACGUAUUGUACGACAGGGUUGUGUACUGUCUCCCCUUAGGAGUGUUUGUCCAUGUAUUAAUAACAUAAAGAUACAUAUGCUAACGAUACUGUUUUGUUGAUAAACAGUGUAGAAGAUAUGCAGAUAAUAUUAGAUAUGAUUGCAAUCAAAAGCGCCAAAUUUGCCCUAAAAUUAAUGGUAAAAACUACAAAUUUUUACAUGAACAGUGGGACAACACUCAAGAGUAAUUGAGCGUGCAAGACGCGCCAAUUGAGCGUGCUGUCAGAACUUGAAAACAAUAUUAACAAGACGUGAUUUGCUACAAGUGCGCUUACUCUGAUGCUAGGUUUUCAGUAUUCCUUUAUAUGAUAUUAAAGCGUAGACCUUGACAGAUGCCAUAUAUAAAAGUACCGAGUAUGUGUUGAGUCAACUGCAUAGCGGUAUUUUUAAAAGGUGGGUCAAUAGUAAGAUAUUUUAGAUAACCAGCCCUGUGAUGUAUCACCAAAGUUAUUUUUGACGUUUUGCUUUAAAUUAAAAUAACUGACAGAGAACUGUCUCGAUAACUUAAAUUCCGGUUGGUGUAUCGCUCACCGUUGUGAGAUGAGUUAUUUCCCAGAAAUUAAAAAGGAAGUAUUGUUUUGUCUAACAAAGAGAACCUUAUGUAGAAAUAGUACGAGUUGGAACGAGAAAAAGAAUUAUGAGAAGGUAUACACCAUAAAAGUAGGUGGAAGUAGUAAAAUCCUUGGAUGUUUAUAAAUUUAAAAACAUCUUUAUUCUUGGAUCUCUCGAUUUGUCUUUUUUAUAAUUUUUCCACUUUUAAAAGUAUGCAAUAUUUUUAAAUUAGCUCUAUUUUUUAUUUAUAAUAUUGUUUUAAUUUUAUUAGUACCUACGUGUUUUUAAUUGCUAUUUUAGGUCUUCCUAUUUGAUAUUUUUGGUAUUUGAUAUUAAAUUUGUUUGAAUUCAAACUCUGUCAAUUCAAACGGAUUUGUUGAAUCUCGCCGCGUUCUUCGUUGAAUAUUCACUUCAUUUCUAAAAAAGUCAAAAGAUGAACCUAACCAUACAAACCCUACGUAACUACAAAGUUAUCUCAUAACUUAACGUAUAACGUUGCGUUAUAAAAUGACAGUUAAUGAGUUGAUACAUCAGAUAACCCAAGAAAUAACGCAAUUAAUUAAGUUAAAUAUGAUACAUCACACCAAUUCGACGAUUAUAACUUAACUACAGGAUAACUUUACGUUAUAUUUAACUGGAGUGAUACAUCACAGGGCUGAAUGUGUAAUGAACGUAGUCUUAUAAAAUUUAUAUUUCAAUUGCAAAGAUAAUUUUUAAAUACAUUUACAGCAGUAACACUUCAACGGUUUGUGUUGGUAGUAAUCGGUCACCAUUAUAAGGGCGCUCGCAAACACAGCCACUUGUGGUCGCCAUCGACAAGUAGCGAGAACCGGCCACCGCCAUAGCUUGUCGCUCGAAGUGACGACCGGGAUCGCAGUGUUACGCCGUGUCCAUGCGUGCAGUAGUGAUGUCGAAAAAGUAACUAUUCGUUACAAAGUACUCGUUACUUACGAAUACCGAAAGUAACGAUUACUAUACAGAGAGGCAAAUCGUUACUUUGAUUACUCUGAUUACUUCAUACAAACGUAUUAGAGCGAGUUAUAACAACUAUUGUAUCUACUUUGAUUACUCUGAUUACUUCGUUACUUCGUACCAAUCGUAUCAGAGCGAGUAACGACUAUUAUAUCUACUUUGAUUACUCUGAUUACUUCGUACCAAUCGUAACAGAGCGAGUAACUGCUUUUGUAUCUAUUUUGAUUACUCUGAUUACUUCGUACUUCGUGAAGGUCGUUAUACAAAAUACCUACUGAGUACCGGUACUCAAAUGCAAAAGUAAUCAUAGUAAUCGAAUCAUUUUUAUCCCUUAAGGCUAUGGGUACAUAAUUGGCAAAUAUUUUACAUGUAUCCCUACAUUUUCUGUCUUUACACGGCAAAUUACGUGUAGUUAAAUUCACACUGGUAUGGAUAUGUAAACAUUACUAGAAUGUCAUUCUACUUGAAAAUGUCAUCAUUAAUUUAAAGAGAUGGGUUUUGAAUGUUCUUGGAUAACUGUUAUUUUUAUAAUUGCAAAUUAUUAAUUCAGUUAAUAAAUGUGAUAAUUUUUUCACUAACUAUGUAUUCAGUGAUUGUAAUAAUUUAUUUGUACAACAAAGACUAAUACUCAAUCGAGAAAAGAGAAAAAGUGUUAAAGUGAUUUUUUAAUAAUAUAUUGUUAUGGAACGCUUACAAUUUUGAACAUCUUUAACAACAAAAUACUUGAAUCACAGAAUAUAUUAUCCUGAUACAGUACGUAAAUCGUACAGCUGGACAUAGGCAAUGUACAUUAAGUUGAGUGUGGCAACUGCGCCAAUCUGUGUUAGUUGAACCUUGUGUUCGACUUCGAGUUUCUGGUGCAAUAGAGUUGUUACAACGAAUAGAAUAAGUGAAUUUGUAAGUAAGAAUGUCCAUAAAUAACUCAAAAAUAAAGAUUAUGAUUAAUGAGUUAAUAAUUUUACUUUAAUUUUUAAAAUAUUUUUUAUUUAAAACUAAUUACAAAAUUAAACAGACACAGUUUUCUCAUUUCCUCAGGCCAAAAAUAUAGUUACUAUAUCGUCAUGUUUUGACGUUUAUUUGUGUCAGUUGAAAUGAAUAUAAACGAGGAUUGUGACUUCACGAACGGCGGUAUUUGUCUGUCAUAAGGGAUCAAAGUCAAAAGUGUCCUAAGUGGCUACCUUAGUAUUUUGAGGAUACUUUGACCUGUGACCUGUGAUCGGUCACAAUUCUUUGAGUAAAGUAAACUUCUCCUUUACAAACAUAUCUAGCCGUUUUCACACCACUUGAGGUAAGCUAGCCAGUGCGUUGAUAUUUUCUAUUGUGGAAAGAUCGUCCCCAAUAGGCCUACAGGAAAACACGCCUAUUUUUUUUUUAAACUCUAUGUAGAAUUUUCUUUCAUGAAAAAGACGCUAUUACGUGUGAAUCGAGGGAGGUAAUUCUGCUACGUAAGUCUACGUAAAUAAUUUAAAGUUAUUAGGUAGUUUUUGUUGCUACGUAACGUAACGCAUCUCCGUAUACGUAAAGCCACUAACGUGUCGUAGAGGAUGAACGUUAAAAUAGGUAGUUUUUGUGACUGCCUCAACGUAACGUAAAGCAAAUCGUAAAGUAAUUUUUAAAUUCCGUUGACAUUAAAAAAAUAAAUUGUGUUCACACAAUAUACAAU